UCCAUGUGCUCAACACUAUGGCUCCAUGUGCUCAACACUAUGGCUCCAUGUGCUCAAAACUAUGGCUCCAUGUGUUUAAGACUAUGGCUCCAUGAGCUCAACACUAUGGCUCCAUGUGCUCAACACUAUGGCUCCAUGCACUCAACACUAUGGCUCCAUGUGCUCAACACUAUGGCUCCAUGUGCUCAACACUAUGGCUCCAUGUGCUCAACACUAUGGCUCCAUGUGCUCAACACUAUGGCUCCAUGUGCUCAACACUAUGGCUCCAUGUGCUCAACACUAUGGCUCCAUGUGCUCAACACUAUGGCUCCAUGUGCUCAACACUAUGGCUCCAUGUGCUCAACACUAUGGCUCCAUGUGCUCAACACUAUGGCUCCAUGUGCUCAACACUAUGACUCCAUGUGUUCAUGA